AUUUGUUUAUAUAAUAAUAAUUGGAGAUAUUGAAUUUAGCUACACGUUGUUUAUGUACAUUUUGAACAAUAAUUCUUUCUUAUGAUUUUGUUUUGGUGAACUUAUCCACAUUUUAUUACUAAUCACUAAAUACAGUUGUCUAUCUCGUGUGGAUAUCCGUGUUAUAUUUAUUAACGCAACAAACGCUUUGUCAACGCUUUGUUUUUGAAUCACUCUAAUAGAAGGACGACUACUUGAUCAACGCGCUAACUCCGUAAACUUCGCCGUAUACGAAGCGAAUCAUACGAGACCCUUACCAAGGAGUGUACAUAGCUGUGAUUUGAAUUAUUGUGACGUGUAUGUCCUAUGCUUAUAAGACUGUCACAUAUUCUUACUGGUGAGUUUCGUGAUCGCAAUAUUGGAGCUACAGAAUUGGAUAAACUUCGCCGUAUACGAAGCGAAUCAUACGAGACCCUUACCAAGGAGUGUACAUAGCUGUGAUUUGGAUUAUUGUGAUUAUUGUAUGUUCUAUGCUUAUAAGACUGACACAUAUUCUUACUGGUGAGUUUCGUGAACGCAAUAUUGGAGCUACAGAAUUGGAUAUUGUAUAUAGUAAGAAAGUAAGUGAUCUUUAGUACAUUUUGAAAAUCAAAAUUUUGUUGCAAUACGAGUAUUUGUCACGAUUUACAUCAGAGCACUAGAGUGGACGCGAGAAGUUUAACUAUACAUAAAAAGCCGUUUUGAAAAAGACAUUUUAUUGCCAGCAGACGUAAUGGCGUAUUAUACAAAGGAUUCCAUUUAUUCUCAAAUAUCGGAUGGAGACGUAGAGGAUUGGUCUCAUAACUUGCGUUCUUCUAUGCAGCCCCGACCUGGUCUUACAAACCGAUUGCGCCCACCAAAACUUGUAACAAAAAUGUACAAAAGUUAUAACCGAAAUCAGUUGACUGAUACUGGAGUAUCAUUGAACAUUUCGUUCAAGAAUAAUGACAGUGUAUCGGAGGCUGAGUUGACGUCACUACACUAUAAUUACUUUCAAACUAAUUUUACGUGUAUAUCAAAAAUUGGUGAAGGAUCAUUCGGCGAGGUUUUUAAUGUAAAAUCUAAAGAAGACGGCCGGAUGUAUGCUGUGAAAAUUUCGAAAGAAGUUUUAAGAGGUGGAAGAUAUCGGAAAGAGCGCCUGGAAGAGGCCAGGCUCUAUAAACAGUUUUCAGGAAAACCAAAUUGUUUAACAGUUUAUCGUGCAUGGCAACAACAUGAACGCCUUUACAUACAAAUGGAAUUGUGCAAAGGCAAUUUGCAAAAUUAUUUAGAUAAAAAGAAGGAACUACCAGAAAGAAUGAUAUGGUCAAUUUUCUUAGACAUACUUAUUGCAUUAAAAAGCUUGCAUGAUAAUAACUUGAUUCAUCUAGAUAUCAAAACGGAGAAUGUGCUAAUUAGUGAUGACGGUAGUUGUAAAUUAGCUGAUUUUGGGCUAGUCGCCGAUGUCGAUAAAGCUAAUCGUGAGUGCGUAAUGGAAGGUGAUGCUCGGUAUGUGGCACCAGAAAUCAUGAGGGGCAUCUUUUCAAAAUCAGCAGAUAUAUUUAGUUUAGGAAUCACAAUUCUAAAAUUAGCUGGAAAUAAGCACUUACCUCCCAAUAGUCAACGUUGGGUUCAGAUACGCAGUGGUUUAUUACCUGACAAUGUAUUAAAAAAUUUGGGCAUAUCUUUAGAGCUACAACAAGUUCUUAAGGAGAUGAUAUCUGCUGAUCAAGCAACGAGACCAUCUGUUGAUAUAUUGCUACAACAUAAAAAAUUUAGAUAUUUUAAAAUGCAAAAAUUAUUUUGGAAAAAUAUUCAGCAAACUGUAAGCUUAAGACAUUUAUUUCAUUGUUAA